AUGACAGGUUUUAUUCUUUUACUCGCUCUGAUCCCAGCAGCCAUCUGUGUACCGGUGUCUCGUCCAGACGACUGCACUGACGUGUACAAUGGAGGCUCUGAAUACAGUGGUGUGUACUCCAUCUACACAACAGGACGUGUCCGGGUCUACUGCGACAUGGGCUCUGAUGAGGAAAGUGUGAAAUGGACUGUGAUUCAGAGAAGAAAAGAUGGCACCGUGAACUUUUUUCGUGGAUGGGACCAGUACAGAACUGGAUUUGGAGAACCAUCAGGAGAAUUCUGGUUGGGACUGGAGAACAUCCAUGUCCUUACUCAGACGAAGAGCUAUGAACUGAGAGUAGACAUGGAGGACUUUGAGGGCAACAAGGCCUACGUCUAUUAUUCCACCUUCUCUGUGGGUCCGGAGGAAGACGGCUACAGGCUUCAAGUCGGUGGCUUCAGAAAUGGAAGACGUGGAGAUGUUGCUGGAGAUUCAUUCACUGUCCAUGAUGGUAUGAAGUUUUCCACAUUUGACAAAGACCAGGACACCGAUGGACGAAACUGUGCUGAGCUCUACCAUGCAUGGUGGUACACAGGCUGUUUCGCUGAUAAUCCUAACGGUGUUUACUUAUGGGGCCGCACCUCAACCUCCGGGAUCGGAAUCAACUGGACGACUUGGAGAGGACAUAAAUAUUCUCUGAAGUCAUUUGAAAUGAAGAUACGACCCAAAGAGUGA